AUGGGAAGGGGUAGGGUUCAAUUGAAGAGGAUAGAGAACAAGAUCAACAGACAAGUGACAUUCUCGAAAAGAAGAGCUGGUCUUAUGAAGAAAGCUCAUGAGAUCUCUAUUCUGUGUGAUGCUGAAGUUGCCCUUGUUGUAUUCUCCCAUAAGGGGAAACUCUUUGAAUACUCCACAGAUUCUUGUAUGGAGAAGAUACUUGAACGCUAUGAGAGGUACUCUUACGCCGAAAGACAGCUUAUAGCACCUGAGUCUGACGCUAAUACGAACUGGUCGAUGGAGUAUAACAGGCUCAAAGCUAAGAUUGAGCUUUUGGAGAGAAACCAGAGGCACUAUCUUGGGGAAGACUUGCAAGCUAUGAGCCCUAAGGAGCUCCAGAAUCUGGAGCAACAGCUUGACACUGCUCUUAAGCACAUUCGCUCUAGAAAAAACCAACUUAUGUACGACUCCAUCAAUGAGCUCCAAAGAAAGGAGAAGGCCAUACAAGAACAAAACAGCAUGCUUUCCAAGCAGAUUAAGGAGAGGGAAAAGGUUCUUAGAGCGCAACAAGAGCAAUGGGACGAGCAGAACCAUGGCCAUAAUAUGCCUCCACCUCCGGAGCAGCAUGAAAUCCAGCAUCCUUACAUGCUCUCUCAUCAGCCAUCUCCUUUUCUCAACAUGGGUGGGCUGUAUCAAGAAGAAGAUCAAAUGGCAAUGAGAAGGAACGAUCUCGAUCUGUCUCUUGAACCCGUUUACAACUGCAACCUUGGCUGCUUUGGCGCAUGA